CGAGCGCAAUUCUGUAUAAUUUGUAUACGUUUGUAAUGUCGUGACGAUCAGUGGUUCCUUUUUAGUUCAACGUCCUUUUUUGGAUUCAAGAUAUCUUGGAGGCAGUGGCGAUGAAGAUGGUCGGCCGCACAAUGGAGGCAGUGGACAACCCAUCGUACUUCACAGUGCCUGGGGGCGGCAAGUUCUCACUGCUGAGACGUCGCGGCCUGGGGGCGGGCACCGGUGGCGGCACCUCGCCUCCAGUGUCCCCUACCUCGGUGUUCCCCAGCCGUCGUCACUCUCGCACCCUCCUGCGGUCCGUCAGUGCACAGAGUGACGCCUCCCUUCUGGUCCUGGGCAACCCGAGACUCUGUGACCUCGCCCCCGCACACCGCCCCUCCGCCGCCUCCGCCGAGCACCUGCAGGAAGACGAAGGAGAAGUGUUCCUAACGACGGACGGCGACGCUCGCUACUACAACCUGUCCGCGGCCUCCAGGAGGGAGGGUCGACGUCGUCACAGCUUCGGGGAGUUCCUGCGACCCUCCUCGUCCACGACCCCCCAGGCGUCAGCGGCACCCGCGACGACCGAGGCGAAAAAGUGCCACUCCAGCAGGAAGCGGUGUGACAAGUGCUCAGAUAAAGGGUCCAAGGGUGGAGAUCUGCUGGACAUUGUGAUCCUGUCGAGCUCUGCCAGUGAGGCCGCAGGACUCUGGGUCUCCUACCUGUCUACAUGCUUCCAACAGGUGGCCAAGGAACGGAACAGGCCUCCAUUCAAAGUACUAUGUCUGAGUGUGGAGGAUGUACUGACUGGUGUGACUGUGGCGUCCCAGCAUGACUCUGUGUUCAAGGCUCGUCUACAGCUGGUGAUUCUGUGUCCUGUACUACUGCAGUGUCUGAGUGCUGCUAAGUCACCAGGACUCCUGGGGACUCUACUGCAGCCAGGGCAUGUGCUGGGUAUGCUGCUCGGAGUCACUGAUGAGUCUAUUACUCUGCAGCAUAGAGCAGCCCUGCUGUGUUACAACCAAUGGCAGCGGCAGGUAGUCAAGGACCAGGACCCGAUGUUUGUCGGAGACUUCCUCGGCACUGCGAUGGACAUCCUCAGCAGAUCCUUCCAGCUUCAGCAAGCUAUCAGCCAGAUACACAAGGAUGAGAACAAGGCUCACUUCUCUGUACUGCCCAAGAAGAUUAAAGUGGGCCAAAAUAAACUUCUCGUCCUAUUGGUGGAUCCUUUGGAACCAAAUGAUAAUGUGCAGAUAACCAUAGAUAAGAAUGGACAGAAAAUUGAAAUUACAUCUUUUAAGAAGCGGAACCCUUAUACACUUCAGUUUGCAGUACCAGCCACAUGUCUACAAGUAUCCAUGCUGGUGACGGUCGCUGUAGAGAAGAACGGCAAGUCCAUUGGUCACAGGCUGGUCAAGUGCGAGAGCCGCAUGAGAGAGCUGGACCAACUACUGCGCUCUUCUGACAACCCUCUUCAGUUCAUAUGUCAGACUCUAGGUCUGAGUCCAGGAGAUAGAGAGCAGUUAGAUGUUUUCCUAGCCGCUGCGUUUCAACAGAACUUGCCUCCACACUUCAAUCUCUUGCGAUCUGCAGGAUUGAGAUAUCAUUCAAGUUGUGAGGAGUUUCCCACUCUGCUCCACUUUGCGGCCAAGUUCGGACUGGAGAAGUUGACGUGGCAGUUGCUGGAGUGUCCGGGGGGUGAGCAGGCCAGUCAGAUCCGCAACUCUUGUCAGCUGACUGCGGCGGACCUGGCAGAGAGAGCGGGGCACGCUCGGCUGGCAAACACUCUUAAGGGUUUCCUGCAAAUGACAGAACUAUCCAACAUGUACAGCUACCUCAAAGGCGUUUCAGAGAAGCAAGCAAACGACUUGGUCAUGAAUUUCAACUGUACUAACUACCUUCUCCCUCGACCACUAAACAACACGUACUCCGUCCCACCUGCGGCACGCCCUGUCCUACACUCCCCUCCCCCCUCCACCCACCCCAUGCAACAUCAGUACACCAACGUAGAUUCCUAUCAGAUCCCUCCGUCUCCUGUGUCGGUAGACAAUUUUGACUACAACGUACCGUCGUUCCCUAUCCCGGUACACUCUCCCAUGGACAACUACCAGGUGCCAGGUCAUGCCAUCCCCUACAAUCCCCCCACCCCUCCUACACCGUCUUCACCUCUCGAUGUUCUUCCUCCUGGGGGAUACAUGGAUAUGCAGUCCCCAAACAACAGUACCGUUGGUUCGGCCAACCAGCUUAGGCGGAAGAUGACCCUCAACCUGCCUCACCAUGAGUAUUACAAUUGCUCUGGGACCCACGAGACUCCUUCAACUGCUGCCUACUUCCACAGUCCUGAUGACACUAUCUCCUGUGAAAGUAAUGUAAACCGACACAGAAACAGCAGCCACAGCAGCAACAGUGGGAAGUCGUCAAGUACCAGUGCGCAGGACGAGCUUGCGGAGAUCAUCAACGACUUUAAGAACAAUGUGUUCACCAUCGCUGAGGUUGAAAAACUUGUAGAAAACUGGCAGAACAGGCAUGAUGUACAACAGUCCUUUAAGGAAAAGCAGAAACAGCUGAAUGAAAUGAGAGAAGAGUAUGAAAGGAUUCAGCAACAAAUGAAGGACAACAUGAAGAGAGCCACUCCUUUUGAGAGGAUCAGGAAAUUUUUCACCAGAGGGAAAAACAAAAAUUGUACAGGAGAGUGCAAGACCAAACCACAGUCUGCUAGCAGUUGUAGCAGCUCAGCAGCCGUGUCUCACCGCCCUGCUAGCAGCCUUAGCCUUCAAUCCUCCUGCAGUUCCACGUCUUCUGGCCGCAUGAGUACAGGAAGUGGCUCCAGUCUAGGAGACUCUGGGACUCAUUCCGACUCUGACGACAGGAAGACCUCUGAGGGCUCAAAGAACGAUUUGAGGUCAAAAAUGUUGGCUGGGAGACUCUACAUGGAGAUUCCACAAAGAGACUUCACCAAGGAACAUGAAGUAGAUGAGAAACACAAGCUUCUAGAAUCAUCAGGUUCAGGACCCAAACCUUGCUUUUUGCACAGAAGUAACUCUUUGAUCCAAGAAACAACAAUAGUAGAAGAAGUGGAUGAAAAUCCAAAAUCUCUUGAAGAAACGCUGUCAACAUCUUUAGUCGAUAAAGAAAUAACAAUGGUUGAUGUCCACAGCAUCCCUUGCGAUACCUGCGGGAAUCAGACAGAGCCAAUGUACGCUCAGGUGAAGAAGCUUCCCUUACCUCCGGGAUCUGUGAAGAAAGAAGAAACUGCUGAAAUUGCCACUAGUAAUGAGAACGUAGUGAGAAAUGAAGAAAAACUUCCCGAAAGAUUGAUCAUCAUUGAGAGCGAUGAAGAUGCCAAGAAAGCAUCAGAAAGUUCUGAACAAAGUCAAGAUACUCUUUGUAACUCUAGUCAAACUCAACAGAUGGACUCUGUUCAAACUCUGUCAAACUCUGUUGAUUCACCUGAUUCAUCGGAAAAUAACCACUUAAACGGAUCAGAAAUAAAAGAAGACUCUCUUGAUGAUAAAUUGACUUUUGAAGAGGAGAAUGAAAAUGGCUUUGUGAAAAAUAUGGUGAACUUUAUAGAGAAUGAGCACAAUUUCAAUGUGUUAGAUGAUGAGAUUGACGAUACUUGUGAACAUUUAUUGGACGAAGCCGACACUGAGGUUGUGUUUGAACUUCCCGACUACGUGAAUGUCACUUCUCCACCAAUCCCUCCUCGACCUGCAUGCGGAAAUGUAUCUACCUAAGUAUUUGUUUUUGUCAAUGUAAAUAUUUUGUACAGUAUUCCAGCACAUUGCACCACUUUUGUUUCCUAAGUACAAUUGUAUAUAGGCUAGUCGUCGAGUUUUAUUUUUAUACAAAGUUUAUUAGUAUUCACAAUGUAUUUAUGUUCCUUGUAAUAUAGCUAAUGUAUGUUUAAAAAAUUCUUUA